UUCAGAUCUUUAAUUUUUCCGUUUCUUGAAACCUUCUUGAUUCAGUUUGUUAACUAAUUAACAAGAUGAUUAAUUCAAAGAAACUCCUGAAAUUUGCAAAGAAAUGGCAGAAACUCACUGCUAUUCGCCGAAAACGCAUCACAUCACCUCAAACUACAGAUUCAGCUAGUUCUUGCAGCACUUCUUCAUCAAAAGCUGAAAAGGGUCAUUUCGUAGUUUAUUCUGCUGAUCAGAAACGUUUCCUGUUGUCUUUAGAGUAUCUAAACAAUGAAAUAAUCCGAGAGUUAUUCGACAUGGCAGAGGAAGAGUUUGGAUUGCCUAGCGGUGGACCUCUUAUGUUACCAUGUGAUGCAGAGCUGAUGGAAUAUGCAAUUUGUUUGAUUAAAAACAAGGCCACAAGAGAUGCCGAACAAGCAUUGUUGACUUGUGUAGCUACAAAUUGUGGUUCAUCAUCAGUUCGAGAUCAAACAACAAUAUACCAAUUACCAAUUUGUAGCUUUUGAAAUGAUAUACUUAGUUAGAUACUUAGACAUAGAUAUAUACCAUUGUACAUCGAUAUAAUUGUAAAUGGAAUCUCCAAAAUUUUGUUUACCACUAAUUUAUAUCUCAUUAUCAUAACAA